AUGUUGUUUUUCUUGGCCAUGGUGUCCACCUGUGUAGCUUCAGAAACCCCCUGCCCGCCUCAGUGUAGGGUAGCAAGCCGGCUGGAGGAUCUUCCCACCGACAUCAGGCUUAAAAAGCCUAUGGGGGACAUCCCUCUUAAUUCAUGGCUCGUCUGCAAUGGUUUUAAUGGAACUAUUCCUUCCCCUGCGUCCAGUCCGAUCAUACCUUGCAUGGGUGCGUCCAAAUCAAAAGUGGCAGUGAUCGGGUAUCCGUUCGGAGUUUUGCGGGCAGGGACACUAGCAAGCUAUCGGAAAAUCACCAUUCUGGCUCUUUUAAAAGGCGAAAUCACGGAUAUUGAGGACAAUGCCCUGAUUGGUCUUACUACCAUAAACAGGUUGGAUCUAGCCUUUAACAGGCUGGUUCGUGUGAAACAAAGCUGGUUCUCUGGUCUGGCCAACCUCAAUUCGCUGGACUUGUCCAAUAACCAGAUAGUUAGGGUGGAUCCAGGGUGCUUCAAGGGACUAUCUAACCUUCGCUAUCUGUACCUGAACGGCAACCUGAUAGAGAAGGUAGAGCCGGACUGGUUUAUUGGGCUAAACAAACUGGAUGAGAUCAACUUGGAGUCGAACUGCAUCGAGGUUAUAGCCGAGGGGACGUUCGAACACCUCCCCGGGCUCGAUAGACUGGGUCUCGGUGGAAAUGGUCUGUCACAGCUGGACGGACGCGCGUUCUGGGUGCUAAGUUCUCUCAUUGCCCUCGGUAACAUCGGAGCAAGGCCAGACACUGGUCCUGAUGCGAUAGAACACGACCUGGCGUCGUGGAGCAUUGGCUUUGGAUUGUCCGGUUGGCAUUCAAUGCAGGACGUGUCUGUCAAGGUAGCCAAUCGCCUGCUCUGUGUUACAAAUGGCAACUACCACAAUAAACAGACAUUAAGAUGGGCUUUUGAUCCGCCCACCACUCAUGACCACACAGAAUCCUGUGGCUGGUGGGCUGAAGAGAUCACACGUGAGACGCCCUUUGUUGUCAUGAUCCAACGCGGAUCGUUGGAUCCACAUACCGACAACGAUGACCGAUGCAGACAGGCGUGGGGCGGUGUCGGCCUCACUCUGGCCUUAUUUUACGACUUCAACCUCCGUUUGGUGUCAUUUUGGGAAAGAAACGCAAAGAAGGAAACUCUCGCGAUGACAUUUGAUCGGGCACAUUCGACAAACGCCGGAAGCGAAAACCCAAAGAGGGUCACAUGUUUUCUACUCAAGAAGGACAGCAGUAGUCGGCUUGUGUUCGAUGUCCGUGGAGCCCAGAAUAUGCUCAACAAAACGCACUCGGAUCCGUACGGGGUCUGUAAAGACCGGGGUGGUGGUCUGACGUCCCAAAGAACACCUGCGCGGUCGACUGUGUUGCCAGGACAACAGACCACGUUGUCAGGGCAGCGGACCACGUUGUCCUGGCAACAGACCACGUUGCCAGGACAACAGACCACGAUGUCCAUGUCAGGACAACAACAGCAGACCACAUUGUCAUUGACGACAUAUUCACCAACCAGUACUAUUCGGUCUACCCAAGAUGAACCGAGUACAACUACAAGCCACCUGUUUAUUUUGCUUAUGCUGGCAAGUGUGUUAGCGCUGUUGCCGGUGCUGGCAAUCAUUGUUGCGCUACUGUUAAAGAAAUGCUGUUCAAUCAACCACCUGGACACCCGUGUCAGCCAGCCACGUGUCAAGGUAUCUAGGCGGGCAAGGCCGACCUCCCUACCCGUAGUUUCCCACGGUUCAAACCGUCAACUCUCUACUCGUAGGUCGCUGCCGAGUUCCCUAAGUACGAUCGAAGCCGUUUACUGCGAGAUCACGGACGAUGAGGUCGUCUCAGCUGCCCAGAGACCCCUUCCCGCCCUCCCGCACACAUACUGGGACAUUCCAGACGACGGAAAAGUCCUUGAACAUGGCGUCUCUUGUAGAUCAUCACUUCCUGCUUCAUUGUGUGACAUUGAGCCAGCCUAUGGCGAGAUCCCAGAUGAAGAUGAUGACCGGUUGGUGUUCUAUGCUGCUGCCACUGACUUGACAGUUUUAGGGCAAAAUGGGGAGAGUAGCAGCACCUGUGUAUACGACGACGGUGCUGUGAGGCAAAAUCAGCGCCGAGGCUUCGCCUGCGUCUACCACGACGGCGUGGCCAAAAAUCUACCCCCUCACAAGUCUACACCUAGCGGGCAUGUCGGUGUGUAUGGCAGAGGCAAUGCUGACAACUCCCAUGGCGUAACGUUCUAUGGGAAUGUAGAGGGAGUCUCUCUAGACCAAAUCAGAAAUGUGGUUUGA